AUGUUUAAAUUGUUUGCUAUAUUGGCAUUUAUUGGCUCCAGCUCCUUUGUGAGUGCUUUGGAUGUUACACUGGACUACAAUACCAUUGUAAAUUUUGAACAUUUCAACUACUUGGGUGUGAGAAGCGGCCCCUUCUAUGAGAUUAUUUACACACCAGUAAAGGAUUUCGUCUUGACAAAGAUUGUAGGACAUGGUUUUACCUUUUUUGAGGCUGCUGCAGGAGAAUCUGCACUUGACUUUCAUCUCAUCUUGAACUUCACCUUGCCCUUCAUUGCUUAUUUCACUGUCCAACUUCCGGACGGAUCCAAGAAAGUCCGAUACUUUAAGAAGUGCAACGGAUGGGCAGAGACUACCAAAGAGAUCUAUGAUGGAAUUUACAACAGGGACUACCCAGUAGAGCUUAACUUCUCUGACAAGGUUACCUUGGAUAUUAACGCAGUCGAUGAAAAUAAGUUCUUAACAAACGCUUCUGACGAGAACGGACACCGUAUCUUCAAUAUUUCUCCACUAAACGGAACUUCUAUCGGCAAGAUUGUUGAUGGCGAACACACCAUCUGGGAGACCUCUUCUGGUGAUGUAUUUGGUUAUUAUUCUCUUAUUUACUCUGUCGGUGACAGACCACUUUUGUGCCGUGUUCACAUUGUUGAUAAGGCAAGAUUCAACCACAAACUCUUCAUUAAAACCGAUGGACAAUGGGGACCAGUUAGCUUGCCAUCAUACAUUGAGAAUCUCCACAAGUCCGCUUUCUACUCUCGUUCCCUUGACAUUGCUAGCGACAAGCACGACGACGUGUCUAUUGUUGAGGGUGCUAGAUUCGGCGUUGACUAUAAAUUGUUUACCCCUAGCCUGUAUCGUAACCUGGACAAGGUUCAUGCUGGUGGUCAAGUUUUGUACGAGAGACAGGACAAACAACACUGUUCACAUGUUGCUGUUCACUAUGAGGCAGGCUUGCCUACUCAUGUACAUCUGAUCGUUGUUUCAUUCAGCAGCAGUGAAAUUAUCCACAACUUCUUCAAGAAGGAAGGUGAUAAGUUUGUUACUGUGGCUGGAGAAAACUUCCCAGAGAACUUCAAAUUUUUGUUGAAUUAA